AUGCCGGUCCGGAGAGGCCAUGUGGCUCCUCAGAACACCUUCCUAGACACCAUCAUCAGGAAAUUCGACAGUCAAAGUCGCAAGUUCGUCAUUGCCAAUGCAAGAGUGGAGAACUGCGCCAUUAUCUUCUGCAACGAUGGCUUCUGUCACAUGUGUGGUUACUCACGAGCUGAGAUCAUGCAGAAGCCAUGCACGUGUAACUUUCUUUAUGGACCCGACACCAAACGUCUGGCCAUCGCUCAGAUGGCGCAGGCCCUGCUGGGGUCGGAAGAGAGGAAAGUGGAGAUCAACCUGUACCGCAAAGAUGGUCAGUGCUUCCUUUGUAUGGUGGAUGUGGUGCCCGUGAAGAAUGAAGAUGGCAUGGUGAUCAUGUUCAUCCUCAACUUCGAGGUCAUGACUGACGAGACACUGUGUGACAGAAAACAGGAGCUAAACCAUCGCAUUCCUACCUGGCUCGUCACUGGUCGUCCUAGAGGCUUCAAGUUGCGUCUUCCUCUGCUACGCUCCCUGUCCAAUAGUAAAGCGUCUCUGGAUGACGCAGAAUCUGGUCGGAUCCCGAUUGCGACACCUCUACCACUGCACCCAGUCGGCCACUGUCACGAGUCCCUCGGUUUGGGGGAGUUCUUGCCUCUUCCCCCUUUAACGACAGAUCACACGGAGCAAAUCAGUGAAAGCAGGUCAGCUCUGCAAGGUUGGUCAGAAGACCACCUGGAGGACCAACGUACUUUACUGGACUCUGUGUCUCCUGUACCCCCCCAUCCACCACCUCAGCACAUAACCCACCUGGCUGGACCCCUCACCCAGUCCUCCCCUUGCGUAGCACCUCACCAUCGCCUCAGCCUCAACCAAGACGCCUCUGGCUCUAACUGUUCCCUAUCGCGCAGCCGCUCGCGAGAGAGCUUCCACAGCAUGAGGCGUGCAUCGUCUGUCGAUGAGAUUGAGGCCAUGAGGCCUGACUGGGACCGGAAAAAUAGGAGAGCAAGUGUCCGACUAGGAAGCACUGGUGCAGUGAACAGUAAGUCCAACAUACUGAACUCCACGUCAGACUCUGACCUCAUGCGGUACCGUACCAUCUCCAAAAUUCCUCAGAUCACCCUAAACUUUGUGGAUUUCAAACCCGACCCCCUCAUCGCCCUGCCCACAGGGGAGAUGGACAUCAUUGCGCCUUGUAAACUCAUCGAUCGCACGCACAAUGUAACGGAGAAAGUCACACAGGUGCUCUCUCUGGGUGCAGAUGUGUUGCCAGAGUACAAGCUCCAGGCUCCUCGCAUCCACAACUGGACAGUGUUGCACUACAGUCCCUUCAAGGCGGUGUGGGAUUGGCUCAUUCUGCUAUUGGUCAUUUACACUGCCAUACUGACACCUUACUCUGCUGCAUUUCUCCUAAACGACCAGGAAGAAGCAGCCAGGCAGAGCUGCGGUUACUCCUGUUCUCCUCUCAAUGUGGUGGACCUCAUAGUGGAUAUCAUGUUUAUUAUUGAUAUCCUUAUCAACUUCAGGACCACAUACGUGAACUCUAAUGAUGAGGUGGUGAGCCAUCCACUGCGUAUCGCCGUGCACUACUUCAAAGGCUGGUUCCUCAUUGACAUGGUGGCCGCCAUUCCUUUUGACCUACUAAUUUAUCGCAGUGGGGAGGAGACCACCACUCUGAUUGGCCUGCUGAAAACGGCUCGUCUCCUCCGUUUGGUCCGCGUAGCACGAAAACUGGACCGCUACUCAGAAUACGGCGCAGCUGUUCUUUUCCUCCUAAUGUGCACCUUUGCACUCAUCGCACACUGGCUGGCCUGUAUCUGGUACGCCAUUGGUAAUGUGGAGCGGAACGGCUCGAUUGGGUGGCUCCACACACUCGGGGACCAACUGGGAAAACAAUUCAAUGACUCCAUCCCAGGAACUGGACCCUCCAUUAAAGACAAAUAUGUCACAGCUCUGUACUUCACCUUCAGCAGUUUGACCAGUGUGGGUUUUGGGAAUGUCUCCCCAAACACCAACUCGGAGAAGAUUUUCUCCAUCUGUGUCAUGCUCAUCGGAUCCCUGAUGUACGCCAGCAUCUUUGGGAACGUCUCUGCCAUCAUCCAGCGGCUGUACUCGGGGACGGCCCGCUACCACACCCAGAUGCUUCGUGUCAGGGAGUUCAUCCGCUUCCACCAGAUCCCCAACCCACUCAGGCAGAGGCUGGAGGAGUAUUUCCAACAUGCUUGGUCCUACACUAAUGGCAUCGACAUGAAUGCUGAUGAUUGGAAGACUUUGUCUCAGCAUGCAUGGUCCGACACCAUCAAAGAAAAUAGGAAUGAUGUGUUAAAAGGUUUCCCAGAGUGUCUUCAGGCGGACAUCUGUCUCCAUCUCAACCGGACUUUGCUGCAGAACUGUAAGGCUUUUAAAGGCUCCACCAAGGGCUGCCUCCGGGCAUUGGCCAUGAAGUUUAAGACCACCCACGCACCCCCGGGUGACACGCUUGUCCACGCUGGGGACGUCCUGACUGCUAUCUACUUUAUAUCAAGAGGAUCCAUAGAGAUACUAAGAGGAGACGUUGUGGUUGCAAUAUUAGGAAAGAAUGACAUAUUUGGUGAACCUAUCAACCUGUAUGCACGACCCGGAAAAUCCAACGCGGAUGUGAGGGCUUUAACCUACUGUGACCUUCACAAAAUAUUCAGGGAAGAUGUUCUAGAAGUGCUCGACAUGUAUCCUGAAUUUGCAGAACACUUCUGGAACAACCUGGAAAUUACUUUCAACCUACGUGAUACCAACAUGAUCCCUGGCUCUCCCAGUAGCGAUGAGUCUAAAUGUGGGGGAUUCAACAAAUUACGCAGACGCAAAUUAUCAUUCAGGCGACGCACCGAGAAGGAUGAUGCCGAUGUUGGUGAAAUUAAAAAGACCCAAAAGUCUGUAAACAGAAGAAGAGAGAGGGAAGCGUCCCACAACCAAAAACGUCAAGAGGCAGCAAAGAGGCAGUAUCGAAGCUCAGUGUCUUCCCAUUCUAGUGAUGAUGAGGGUGAGGAGUCUGUUGUAACCAGCCUUGCUCCCUCAUCGGCAAUGUUGGAGAACCAUCAUGUUCAGGCAACACAGAAAAACUUCACUGAGAACACAGACGUGGAUGGAGAGGUCAAGACUGGCAACACUUGCAAUGCACUGUCAGGGGCCCUCUCAGGUGUGUCGAACAUCUUCAGUUUCUGGAAUGAAAAUCGAGGCGGUGGUCAGUACCAGGAAGUACCCAGCUGUAGCAUAGCCUCUCCCCCUGCCCUCAGCACACCUUUGCACAGCUUGAGCCGCCAGCAACGCAACCAAUUGGACACACGCCUAGAUCUGUUACAAAAACAACUUAACAGAUUAGAGAGUCGCAUGUCAGCAGAUAUUGGAACGAUCAUGCAGCUUCUGCAGAGACAGAUGGCUCUGGUUCCCCCUGCGUAUAGUGCUGUAUCUUCACCGCCUCAGGCCUCACCAUGCGCUGAUCCAGGCACUGGUGAAAAACAGGUUCCGCCUAUUUCACAUCUAGAGACAAACACGCUGACCUCCGUAUCACAGAUCUUGGAUUCUCAGGACUUUGAGGAGUUCCCAAACACAUCUUCUGAGUCUCGAGAACUGCAGGACUCAUCUUUUAUCAACACCAGCCAGAACCUACACUCCUCUGGACAAAGCAUUUUAGGACAUUUGCAUCUUGGAGUUGGAUUGGAAUCUGGAGGUGCAACUGUUUCAGAGCCAGCAGUAGAUUUAGAUUUAGGAAAUGAUGCUGGAUCAGGUUCACAGUCUGGGCUAAGAAGAUCAGGGUUGGAAUUUUGUUCAGAGCUGUGUAUCGAUACUGGGGCUGAGCAAACAGAAGCAGUGGGAAUAUUUUCCCAGGAUUCUGAAACACAAAGGAGGUUGUCACUCCAAGAGUCACAUACACCUCAGGACUCACGGACACCACAGAGACACGGGUCCGACCCAGGGAGGAGCUAA